AUGCUGCAGGGUGUUCGUAUCUAUUGCAAACAUGAAGCUGCACGCCCGUCGCGUUCACGCAGGAGUCCGCUUCUCCAGGAGGGCCUCCAGUGCGGCUACUGCGGGAGCGGCAAACUAUUCGUGACGAGUGCCUCGCGCGCGGGUCAUUACCGUAAAUGCCAGGCGUACCAGCUGGCAAAAAGCGCGCGGGGCACCGUUGCGGAAGGCCCGGAGGACCCUCACCCUUAUGGGAUCCUCACGGCACAGAACCCACAGGCCGAUGUGACCCCGGACGGGCCCCGGGAGACCUUGUCGCAUCUGCUGUGGGAGUGCCUCUUCUCCGUCGGCUGA